AGACCGGAGAUUUACACAGCCACAGGCCUCUCUCUCUCUUUCUCUCUCUCUAACUGCACGGACGUGUCCUCCUUCGUCCUCAUUGAGCUUCUCUAUUCUCUCUUCAAUUCAACAAACAAACACCCACCCCGCCCCCCAUUCUCUUUCCUAGGGUUUCGACCUCUCAAUUCUCUCUCUCCACCGUAACCCCUCUCUCUCUUUCGCACACCUCCGACACAUCCAACUCCUAGGGUUUCUCUCUCUACCUCCGCGACGAUCUGUUUGGAUGAGAGAUUGAAUUUUUUGUUUUUGUUUUUGUUUUCGGGCGAUGGACGUGGAUUUCAAUGGCGACGUGGCGUGUUUCGAGGCCGAAUUGCUGCAGAUUCCGGAGGUGUCUCCCUCGGCGCUCAAAUCGAACCCGGACGUCGCCAGGAAGAUGUUCGAUCAGUGGCUCUCGCUCCCCGAAACCGCUUUGGUGGUGAAAUCGUUGCUUCACAAUGCAAAGACAGGUGUUCCCUUGAAUGUCACUGGGACAUCAUCUAGCCCAAAGGCUGCUUCAAGUAAUUCAUUACCCUCCAUGUUUCCUGCUGGCAGUGCACCUCCACUUUCACCAAGAAGUUCAUCUGGUUCUCCACGUUUUGUGAGACAGCGAGUGGGGCCAUCUACUUUAGGUUCUCCUCUAAAAUUAGUCAAUGAGCCAGUAAAAGAAUUGAUACCUCAGUUCUACUUUCAAAAUGGUCGUCCACCUCCAAAUGAGAUUAAAGAACGAUGUUUGUUCAGAAUAAAUCAGUUUUUCUAUGGUCACUUGGACGGGCUACAAAUCCAUGAGUUUAAACUAGUUACGAAGGAAAUCUGCAAGCUGCCAUCGUUCAUUUCUAGUGCCUUAUUUAGAAGGAUUGACAUUGAGUGCAUGGGGUUUGUAACAAGGGAUGCUUUUGUUGAUUAUUGGGUCAAUGGCAACAUGUUGACUAAAGAUAUUGCAACUCAAAUAUUUACAAUCUUAAAGCAGCCAGAUCUCAAAUACCUUACCCAGGAUGACUUCAAACCUGUGCUUCGAGAACUUUUGGCGACUCAUCCAGGGUUGGAGUUCUUGCAGAGCACGCCUGAAUUUCAAGAUAGAUAUGCUGAAACUGUAGUGUACAGAAUAUUUUACUACGUGAAUAGAUUGGGAAAUGGUCAUCUUACUCUGAGGGAGCUGAAACGUGGAAACUUAAUUGGUGCAAUGCAACAUGCAGAUGAAGAGGAAGACAUCAACAAAGUUUUAAGAUAUUUCUCUUAUGAACACUUCUACGUCAUAUACUGCAAGUUUUGGGAGCUGGAUACAGAUCAUGAUUUCUUGAUUGAUAAAGAGAACCUUAUUAGAUAUGGCAACCAUGCACUUACCUACAGGAUCGUUGAUAGAAUAUUUUCCCAGGUCCCGAGAAAGUUUACGAGUACUAUUGAGGGAAAGAUGGGAUAUGAAGAUUUUGUUUACUUCAUACUAUCGGAAGAGGAUAAGUCAGCUGAGCCUAGUCUCGAGUACUGGUUCAAGUGUAUAGACUUGGAUGGAAAUGGCAUUUUGACAAGGAAUGAAAUGCAAUUCUUUUAUGAGGAGCAGUUGCAUCGAAUGGAAUGCAUGGCCCAAGAGCCAGUGCUAUUUGAGGAUAUUCUGUGUCAGAUAGUUGAUAUGAUUGGGCCUGAGAAUGACAAGUAUUUUACACUAAGUGACUUGAAAGGAAGUAAACUUUCCGGAAGCUUUUUCAAUAUUCUUUUUAACCUGAAUAAGUUCAUGGCCUUUGAAACUCGGGACCCUUUUCUGAUUCGUCAGGAGCGGGAGAAUCCAAACUUGACAGAGUGGGAUCGUUUUGCCCACAGGGAAUAUAUUAGGCUUUCAAUGGAAGAAGAUGCUGAAGAUGCUUCCAAUGGAAGUGGAGAUGUUUGGGAUGAAUCACUUGAGGCCCCUUUUUGAUAGCAAGUUGGUAAGGUCUUAAAGGUGUCUUGAAGAAGCCAUGAAUUCUCAUGUCAAGCUGGUGGUGCCUGACAUGUCAAGUAAUUUUGGUGGAUUAGUUACUGAACGGGCUCGGCAAGCUUUCAAAUCCACCUGAGAAAACUUUGAAGUUGGCCUUGUGAAAUUUCAAUUUGAUCUGCACAAGUCCUCCACGACCAACAACUGUUCAAAGGUGCUGUUUUACGCCGGCAACAUGUAAGUAGAUGACUGAUUUGGCAGGGGAAAGCUAUAGGUGAUAGUUGGUAAAUCCGUAACACAUGACAUUAGUUCAAUCAUGCGGUAUUUGCAUUUCUUUUAUUUCAGACAUAAGGUAUGGCUUCUUUUCUUGUCAUUUUUUAGAGCUAUAUGUCGGAUUGUCUGUGUUCUUCUGAAUGCGGCUCAAUGUGGUGAGUAUUGGGUUGCUGUCAUUGAUUUUGGUUGCUUAUCGCCGCUUUUUUUCUUAGCAAUUCAGUCUUUUGGAUAGAUAUUUAUUCCGGAUUUGUUUUGUAGUUUUUCUUUUCAUUUUCAAAGUCAAAUGUGUUGUUACCAUUAGGAUGAUGAUUGUUUAUUUCCAAGAAAGUUCUCUCUUCAUCUUUUAAUGAGAAGAAUGUGCCUUUUCGAGA